UUCCCCCAGCGAAUUCCAAGCACGGUGAAGGAUUUACAGGGAGAAAAUGAGCAAAGGUAGCAUCGGAGCUGGGGCCACCAAGGGUGGGAAGAAGAAGGGAUCGACGUUCGUGAUUGACUGUUCGAAGCCCGUGGACGAUAAAAUCAUGGAUAUCGCCUCACUGGAGAAGUUUCUCCAGGAGCGCAUCAAGGUCGGCGGAAAGCCUGGAGCGCUCGGAGACUCCGUCACGGUCAGCCGCGACAAGACCAAAAUCACCGUCACGGCAGACUCCAACUUUUCCAAGAGGUAUUUGAAGUACUUGACAAAGAAGUAUCUAAAGAAGAACAAUGUGCGGGAUUGGCUGCGUGUUAUAUCUUCGAACAAGGAUAGAAGUGUGUACGAAUUGAGGUACUUCAACAUUGCUGAGAAUGAUGCAGAGGAUGAAGAGUAAGAGGGUGAAUAACUCUUCAUUUUCUAGAUAGCAUUGAAUUCUUAGUUCAAAGUGCUCAUUUUGUCUUAAUUGAUAUUGAUUGUGUUGAAGAACAUCUUAUACAAUAUGUUUUUGAAGCAGAGAGUAAUUGUAAUAUUUGGCAUAGAACUGGUGAAAUGGGAUUUGAUCAUUUUGAAGUGUCUCUGAUUUCUUUGUGAUGCUUUA